GAAGCAGUUCCAUCCCUCCUCAAUCGCUGUUCGAUUAAUAAUGGAAAGACACUAUAUGGACUCUAAAAUCAAAGGAGUUAGCACAGGCACCACCAUCUUGGCAGUGACAUUUAAUGGAGGGGUCAUCAUUGGUUCAGACUCCAGGGCAUCCAUGGGAGGAAACUAUGUGUGCUCUAAGACCAUCAACAAGCUGAUCCAGGUUCAUGACAGGAUAUUCUGCUGCAUUGCUGGCUCCCUGGCAGAUGCACAGGCUGUCACCAAGACUGCCAAGUUCCAGAUCUCUUUACACAGUAUCCAGAUGGAGUCCCCUCCUCUGGUGAAGGCAGCAGCAUCCGUGAUGAAGGAGCUGUGCUACAACAACAAGGAGGAGCUACAGGCCGGCUUCAUCACUGCAGGCUGGGACAAGAAGAAAGGCCCACAGGUUUACACCGUGGCCCUGGGCGGUAUGUUACUCAGUCUGCCGUUCACCAUCGGAGGUUCGGGGAGCACCUACAUCUACGGCUACACCGACGCCAAAUACAAACCUGACAUGAGCAGAGAGGAGUGCCUGCAGUUUGCUACAAAUGCUCUUGCCUUAGCUAUGGGCAGAGACAAUGUCAGCGGGGGCGUGGCUCACCUGGUAGUGAUCACAGAGGGAGGGGUGGAGCAUGUGGUCAUCCCUGGAGACAAACUGCCCAAGUUCCACGAUGAGUAGAGGGACACUUCAAUCAACCAAUCAUCUAUGACAUGACAUCUGUAAAAAUAAUAUGGAAGGGUCCAACUAUUCCCUGUGUUCUUCGUAUGUGCAGAACUCAGUGUUCAUAGACCUAGCUGGGAUCAGUUGUGAGACUGAAGUUAGAAAUUAACACUUCAGGAGAUCAGUAUAAAAAACUUUCUCGCUGUGUUGACUGAAGAUUUCUGUAGAAAGUCAAUAAAAUCAGUCUGACAGACAUUUGGAUGGAACAUGCCCAAUUUACUUUAAAUCUCAUUAGUAACAGACGAUUAGUAAAUGUAACAAGCAUGUUAUACCUAAAACUGUUUUGUAGUUAUAUGUUUGUAUGCAUUUGUGUCAGAGGAAGCCCAUAAAAAUAUGAAUGAUGCCAGCAGUCCAAGCCACAGACUAUUCUCUACACUAGAGUUAGCAUGCUGUGGAGUUAAGUGCCUUAAAUUUGUAACUGACAAGAUCCCGUACAGCACCCAAGCAAUAAGACUGUUAAACAAGACUGACGAUUGAUUACACUAUGUAACACAAUUUUUGUUCCUGAGUAGUAAGUGUUAUUUCGUAAUUGCUUAUGCCUAAAAAGUUUUGUAAAUGUUUUAUAAACUAUUCCCCAAAAACUUUGCUUUUGUGCUCAAGACAGUGAUAU